GUUGUUUUCAAGAUGGCUGCGCCCAUAAAUUGAAAAUCAGGAAAACCCCGGAGUGUUUAAUGUUUCGUUAGUAAUGUGGAGCUGGUUUUAAAAGUAAAAGUAUGCACGACCCAACCCAAAGUGAAGAAAAGAAUGAGGGUCAUGUGGCCAUCUGGCAUGGCUAUCCCACAGGUGACCUCCUGGUGUCACCCGGCCCUCUGCUGUCGAGGACUGUCCACAGUGUGGCAGUGGGGGACAAGCACAUCAUCUUCUUGACCACUGGGCACAAGGUGUACAGCCAAGGAGACAAUAGCUUUGGUCAGCUGGGCAUUGGGACCAUAGGUGGUGAAUGCAAAGAGACAUCCCUGAUCAAAACAUUUGAGGGACAAGAUGUCUGCUAUAUUUCAUGUGGGAGUAACCACUCUGGUGCAGUGACUGGGGAUGGGCAUGUGUUUUGUUGGGGAACUUCCAAAAGUGGGCAGUGUGGAAGUGGUCAAGCAACAGCUGUUCCUCUGCCAACUAAAGUUGAAAUUAAAGAGCCAGGAGGGAUCUGCGUUCAUGGGAUCCAGGGCCAGAACCGUGAGGUGUGCAUGCUUCAGGUGGCAUGUGGAGACACACAUACCUUGGCGCUAUCAAAUAGUGGGGAAAUCUGGGUGUGGGGCGCUGGCUGUCAGCUGGGGUUGAACACUGAGAAAGAAUGUCUGGUUCCUCAAAGACUCGACUUUUUGCAUGAUAGAUUUGUGAUUCAGGUGUCUGCUGGUGCCGAACACAGUGUGGCUCUAAUCAAGAAGUCAUCUGAUAAGAAGACAAAAAUAGUGUCAAAUGCCCCUGAGACUCCACUUGUGAAACCCGUAGUGCAUCCCAUUACUCCCUCCACAUGCCCCAUGUGUGAAAAAGAAAUAUAUAGCAUGAAAGAAGAAGGGGAUACUUGUAUUAUAAGUGAUGAUCACAAGUGCCCCUUGGGUCUAGCACUUGAUUCAGAAAAAGCUGACCGGGUUUCUGAGAGUGGUAGCGAACCUCCCAAAAGACUUGAGAACGAAUUCAUGGACUCAGUUUGGGUUCUCAGAAACGGUGAUAAGGCUCCCUCUACUAGUCCUUCAACUGCAAUUGCUACUGCUGUUAGUUAUACCGAGACUGUUCCUAGCAAUAAAGAAGCAACAUGUGACACCAAAGUAGUUUGGGAAGUACAGAACUAUGAAGAAAAUGCCUCACCUAAGGCUCAGGAAAAACAAAAUACAACCACUACACAGGAUAGUGCUGCUGACAAUCAUCAAGAAGAGGAUCAGGGAAGUACAAAGGUGAAAAGUGCAUCAGAAAAAACUGAAGCAUUUACGCAAAGUGUUGCACUGGAACAAGAAAAAAAUAGUUCAUCUCCAACAAUACCUGAUACCACUGCUGAGUCUGAAAGUGGAAAACAAGAUGUAGAGAUGGUUCGAAGGAGAAGUGGUGCAUUUAUUGAUGAGCAAUUCUCACCAUCGGGUUCUAGCAUACCUAAACAAUCAUUAUUUCCACAUGCGAUGGAUAAAGAGACUGAUGAUGUCUUCUGUGAAACCCCUGAGAGAGAGGUCCAUAGGUCGCGAAGUUCGUUUUUAGGUGAUGUCAAUGGUGCAAGGCAAUACUUAUCAAGAACAUUAUCAUUAGAACAAAGUUUGUCAGAUGCUGAUUCACCUUUGAAAAAAGAUGUUGAACCUUCUCCAGAGAAAGGAAAUGCCUUAAAAAGCCAAAGAAAGAGUGUCAGCACAACAAUUGCAAAUUUUGCUUUUGUUUCACAUUUUAACAUUGAGUUAGAGGAUAGUUUUGAGGCUGGGGGAAGCACAGAUUCUUUGCAAAAUUCUUUGGAAGAUCAAAGCAAUAGGUCCAGCAGUAGAUCAUCUACUAGUAAUGAGGGUUCUCCUUCGUCAGGGGCAAAGUUGGUUCGCAGGGCUUCUGAUUUUAUUGGAACGUCACAGUCAUGGACUGCAGCCGAAUAUAAAAAUCAACGUGGAAUGCGACACUCUUUAUCCUUAGACUUCAAGAAAUCAGGAGAGGAAUUUACUAGAUGGAAGAAGCUUUCACAACCAGUAUGGGAGGCAAGGAAGAGACAAAACACUGAAGUCUAUUUGGAGACAGAGGUGUGGACUUGGGGCAGGGGAAAGAAAGGACAGCUGGGACAUGGAGAUAUGUUGAAUAGAAACCAGCCAUGCUGUAUCAAGUCCCUGAGUACCAAGAAAGUGAUGAAAGUGAGUGCCGGCAGCUAUCACACCCUGGCAGUGCUAAGUACAGGACAGGUGCUCUCCUGGGGGUCCAACUCUCAUGGUCAGCUGGGGAGGACAGAAAAUGAAUACAGUCCAGGCAAAGUCAAGGUUUUGUCCAAAGUUCAUUUGUGGGAUGGUGCAAGUGGCAGAGAGCAUUCCUUAUUUCUUGCUGACUGUUUAGGAGGAGGACCACCAGAGGUUUACUAUAGUGGGAGGAGGCCAGAUGUCCAGGAGAGCUCCACCAUGGUGGCACAGCCUAUCAAACUCAAUGUUGUAAGAAAGUGUGGUUGGGUGAGGCAUUUAGCUGCAGGUGGCCUUAGUGUUGCUGUUUUCAACAGAAACACAUCUAAUCACCUGGCUGCCCUUCAUGAGCUAGCCAGCACUGAGAGGACAUUCUUUCAUCAUAUGGCACUCAUUGCCUCUGGAGUACUGAAACAUAUACUCAUGUCAGAGCCUUUUGCAUCUGAAGAGAUUCAUUCAUCUGAACUUUCUAUGAAAGUACUAUUUGAUGCAUUCACUGGGCUGUCUAGUGUGAUUGGCAUGAAUAGUGUGGGUUUGACCCGAGCUGUGCAGGGGUCCCUGUCUGUGAAUGAGGUGUUCAUGCUAAGACAACAGGACCAGCUCUUGUCCACAUUACAGCACUACUCCAAGAGCUUUGGGGAUGCUGUGGCCAUUGGAGCAUUUGACUGGAGUAGUAAAGUUGUCAGCACUGUUUUCAAGGAGAAAAACAUCAGAGAUGUUGUCACAGAUAUCCUUGAAGAGAUCAAUUGUGAGAAGAACUUGAGUGACGUGAAGACCUUGAUGAAACUGCUGCAGCUCCCUCUAAGGAGACUGAAGGAGUAUGAGCGCCUUGCUCAGAACCUGGCACUUUGCUACCCUGAUCACAGCAUGGAGAGUGACCACCUUUUCCAGCUAAGUAGCAGCUGUGGUCAGCUUAAACAAGCGGCCAUUGCAGACCAUAAUCUUGCUGACAAUACCAGGAAGUUCUGGGAUCUUAUAUCUUCUAAGAUGCCUAAAUUCAAUAUGAGACAACUACAAGUUGACUUUGGAUCUUCAUACUUAAGAGGUCACAAUGUGGAUGCCUUGAAACAGCCUGGCAGAAGACUGCUGAGGGAAAGCCGUGCCCAUCCUCUCCAUGUUGCCAAUGCCAGUCGAUUUUCCCUCAAUUGGUUGUUGCUCUUCAAUGAUGCCCUUGUAUUCGCUCAGUAUUCCAGUCACCAAGCAUUUCCUCUUGCGACAAUCUGGCUAGAAGCAGUUUGUGAUUCAGAUACCAUAAAGAAUGCAUUCACUUUGAUAAUGCCAGAAGAAAGUCUUACGGUAUAUGCACCAUCAGCACAAGAAAAGACUGAAUGGCAGCAAGCAUUUCACCAAGCAAUAGAAGCUGUACUCUCAGACCGGAAAUCGGGGUCAACAUUCAGUCAGACAUUACAGAGAAAGUCCACUGUUUCUGCUCGUAGCACUCUCCCACUCUCAAGAUAUGCCACUCAUGUCUUUUACAAACCUGGACACCUCAAAGAUGCCAAGUACAUUGGGAUGUGGCACGCAGGAAAGAUGCAUGGACAGGGUGAGAUAACAUGGUCAAAUGGACAAAAAUAUGUUGGGAAAUUAAAGAAUGGAGUGCAGCAUGGUCAUGGUGUGUUGAGCAUUCCCAAAGAUGAUAAGAGAAGAGAACUGCAAGAUGGGAAUUGGAAGGAGGGCAAACUAAAUGGACUGGGAUCUAUAAAAUACGCCAGUGAAGAUGUUUAUGAAGGGUAUUUCAAAGAUGGACAGAGACAUGGACAUGGUGUUCUGAAGACAGGGAAACUGACCGCCAGCACUGCCAGUGUGUACAUAGGAGAGUGGGCGGCAGAUAAAAGAUGCGGUUAUGGGGUUUUUGAUGACAUUGUCAAAGGAGAGAAGUACAUGGGCAUGUGGCAUGAUGAUCUCUGUAGUGGCAGUGGAGUACUUGUUACUUUAGAUGGACUUUAUUAUGAAGGCAACUGGAUACAAAAUAGGUUAUCAGGUGUAGGCCUUAUGAUAACUGAAGACAACAUCUGGUAUGAGGGCGAAUUCUAUGGAUCUUCUUUACUGUAUGGGAAGGGCACCAUGACCCUUCCAAAUUCAGACAAGUUUGUGGGUAGUUUUAAUGGUGCUUUCACUGAUGGAGUAAAAAUAAGUGGAAAUUUCUACAAAGCCAUUAAUCUGGAAAGAAGAAGUGUUCAGCAACAACCCAGUGUAUCAAACCCUGAGUCAUUUGGCAAGCACAGCGUCCCUGCAGACCAGAAGUGGAAACAGAUCUUCAGUUUAUGUGAAUCUCUGCUUGGUGGUCCCACUGCCCCAGCAACCAAGGCCUGGGAGGCAGUGGCAGUCAUGGUCAGUGCAGGCAAGAGGACAGUGAAGAAGGACAAAGCAAGAUACAGAAGUGGUAGUUCAGAUGACUUAGAAAAGAUUCCUCCCUACAACAGAGGAACAAUGACUAUUGACUAUUAUAAGCAAAUUCAGGAAUAUCUGCGUAAGGCAUUUGAAGUAUGCUUCCAUCCCCUGGGCAAGCUGAUGGAGGGUCUGGUGGACGUGUUCCGUGCCACAUAUGUAGGGGUGGGAGCACAUUCCAGGCUGCUGCACCAUGCCAGGGAUGAGGUGAACUCCUUUGUGAAAAGAACCUACAACAUCAUAAGAAUGCUGUUUCCUGAUCUACCAUCUUCAUCAAGACCUAUGUAUAUUCACCAUACUGACUGUCCCAGUCCUGUUAGUGAGGAGGAAGAUGACAAAGGUGAGGUGAUAACACCCAGCAGUCUUCUCCACCCCUUACUUCUGCCAAAGAUCUACCCUCCUCUCUUCACUCUGUACGCCCUCCACAAUGAGAAGGAGGAUGAGAAGUACUGGGAUAGGCUGCAGAGGUUCAACAAGCAAGGAGAUGUGGCUCUACUGGCAUAUCUGGGAGUAGACCAAAAGUUCUGGCUGAUUGAUGAAUCCUUGCUGUUAGAGAAAAGACAGAAAUUACAGUCCAUAAAAGAUAAAUGUUACUCUGAAGCUGUGGAGACACUUCAACAAAUAAGCACCAGUUUUGGUCCAGCUGACAAGCUGGAUGUGAUAAAGAAAACUUUUGAUGAGGUCAAUAAGGCUGUCCAGAACAAUCUUGGUUGUGAAUACAUGUGGUGCAUGGAUGAUCUAUUCCCAGUGUUCAUGUAUGUGGUGGUGAGGGCACGCAUACGCCAUCUAGGGGCAGAGAUCCACUUUGUGGAUGAUCUAAUGGAAGGUCACCUAGAGCAUGGGGAGCUGGGACUCAUGUUCACCACACUCAGGGCAUGUUAUUUCCAAAUCCAACACGAGAAGAUGAACUAAUUUAAAUUGAGAACAUUAUUAUUUAAAGUAUCUGUGAUAUCCAUACAAUAAAACAAAGGAGAGGAAAGAACUGAAAUAGGCAAUGAAGGUGUGAAUAUUAAGUUAGCAAUAAAUUAAAUACACAAGUCUGGUAUAUAUAAAUGUGGAAUUGUUUUCUCUUCUUUGUAUGUCAGAUUCCUUGAAUUAAAAGGAAAUCAAAUAUUUAUAAGGUUUUUGUGACACAUUCAGUUAAACUAGUGGAGAUUAAAGGUAAAUGUGAAGUGAUAUACUUUAUAAUGAAAUGUCUAAUUUAUUUGUUGGUCAGUGGGCAUACAGGUAAUAUAGCUUAUCAAAUGUAAAUAUUUACUGGAGUGUUAUCUAUACAUUGGAAGAAUUGGACUGUUAAUUGCUACAGGGUAUGAUUAGGAUUGAAUGAAUCUUAAGGAAACUUGGAUAUUAUUAUAGGCAAAACCAUGUUUUCGUGUUGCGUUGUAAAUUGCAAUCACAGCCAUUUUAUAUUUUAAAACGCUUUUGUGUUAGCUACUUAGCACUUUUGUUUCCGGAUUUAUUUGAAAACUGGUUCUUGAUGGCUGAUCAACCCACACUUUGAAAGUGAAAAAGCAUUUUUAAGUCAAGCUCUUUUGUUAAUUAGACAAAAAGAUUUUGCUUUGAAAUAAGGACUUUGAACAACUUUGAAACUUGAACAACAUGCCAUUCAUUAAGUCUGAAAGGUGAAUCAAAGUUGUUUUUCGGAGAACUGUGUUUAAAAACAAUUUAACAUGUUUAAUCUACAUUUUUAUAGUGUAUUUUUGUUGAUAUAUAUUUUUGUUGAAGUAAAAUUAUAAGCACAAAAACUAGUGCUGAUAAACACACAGUUAAUUAUUUGCUCUGAAGUGAGUUGUUGGUUAGUAGUCAUCAAGUAAUUAUGCCAACUGUAACAUUGCAAGAGUCAUUUUCUUGAAUUCAUUUAAGUUGUUAAUGAAUUGUCUCAAAAUUAUGUUAAGUGUCUUUUACUCUGGAGGCUAGUUUUUUUACCAGCCAUUCUGGUAAGUUUUGUGAGAUCUUGUAGCAUCCUCCAAAUUUUGUUAAAAUUUUUUAAUAUUUCAGGUUAGAUUUCUAACUGUAAAUGAUAUUCAGACAGUUAAAACAAAGAAAGCAAUUUAUAAAUGCACAAAUUUUUCAGUGUUUAAUUAAAAAUAAAUUUGGAGUUACUUGGCCUGGAAUGUUCAAUACAUAAUGUGUUAUUGUUGGUUCCUGGUAGGUUUUGGCAGAGGCUAAAUUAAUAGAGCAUGAGUAUAAAGUUAAUCAUAUCAUUUAUUCAAAAGGAACUGGUGCUUUCUUGUCAAGUUAACUCUGCACAUAAGUAUAAUACAAUUCAGUAUUCCUUGAUUAUCUUAAUAAUUUUUUAUUCCAUUGCUCAAAAUAAAUAUAAGGAUGAGGUCAAAUGAAAUCAUGUCAUGAAAUGUCAUGGCUUGUGAGGACCCUUGUUGGAAAAAUAUUCUGGAGAAAACGUCCAUAGGCUCCAUUUCACCCUAAAAGCAGAAGAAUUACAUACCAUCUUUGGCUUUGUUUGGAAUUGAAUGUUUGGUAGAAAGUAAGAAUGGAGCAUGGAAUAUAAAAGGGGACAGUUCCUUGCCAUAGAUG